ACCAAGCGAAAGGAAAUGAAAUCAAAAUGCUCGGGAAUCUGGAAUCUAAAAUCCCAGGAUUUCAAAUUCCUCCUCUUCUUUUUUUCCACUCCGCUAAACUAAAAUGUCGUCUUCUUGUCUGUAAAACCAAAAUUUACACAAAACCCGAUAUUUCCGGAAACUCUCUCACGCAGCUUCCGAUUUUUCGGCCGAUACAAAACAAAAAAUGGCCGAUUAUCUUCCUCUACCGGACUCCGAAACCGCCGAUACACGCCCCGCACGUGUCGCCUCCCUCGACGUCUUUCGCGGCCUCUGCGUCUUCCUGAUGAUGGUAGUUGAUUAUGGAGGCUUUAUGUUUCCAAUAAUUACUCAUUCUCCAUGGAAUGGUCUUCAAUUGGCUGAUUUUGUAAUGCCUUUCUUUCUAUUUGUUGCUGGGGUUUCUCUUGCACUUGUUUACAAGAAAGUAACAAACAGAGUGGAGGCUACAUGGAAGGCAGUGUUUAGGGCAGCAAAACUUUUUCUUCUAGGUGUUUUUUUGCAAGGUGGUUAUCUGCAUGGAGUAACUUCCUUGACGUAUGGUGUUGACAUUGAAAAAAUAAGGUGGAUGGGCAUUUUGCAGAGGAUAUCUAUUGGAUACGUUGUUGCGGCUUUAUGUGAGAUAUGGCUUCCAUAUAGGACAUGGAGGGAAGUAGGAUUUUUCAAAGGUUACUACUGGCAUUGGUGUGUUGCAUUUUCACUGUCAGCAAUAUACUUGUGGUUAUCAUAUGCUUUAUACGUACCAGAUUGGCAGUUCAUGGUACCAGCCUCAGCCUCUUCAUUGCCUUCAUCAAAUGAUAGUUAUGUUUACACGGUGAAAUGUGGUGUAAGAGGUGAUCUUGGACCUGGCUGCAAUUCUGCUGGAAUGAUUGACCGUUACAUUCUGGGAUUUGAUCAUAUGUAUAUGAAACCUGGUUACAGAAACCUGAAGGAGUGCAAUAUAUCUGCCAAUGGCCAAGUUUCAGAGAGCUCACCUCCCUGGUGUCAUGCUCCUUUUGAUCCGGAAGGUAUCUUAAGCUCCUUAACAGCAGCUGUGACUUGCAUUAUUGGACUUCAAUAUGGACACAUUCUUGCUCACUUACAGGAUCACAAAGGGCGCCUAAACAACUGGUCCCUAUUUUCAAUUUCAUCGGUUGUCCUCGGACUGUUCCUUGCCAUCAUAGGCAUCCCUAUAAAUAAAUCUCUGUAUACAGUCAGUUAUAUGCUGAUUACUUCUGCAUCAGCGGGGAUCACAUUUUGUGCAUUUUAUUUGUUGGUAGAUGUUUAUGGUUACAGAUGCCUGACAUCUAUGUUGGAAUGGAUGGGAUUGCAUUCUUUGAGCAUUUUUGUUCUAAUAACUUCUAACUUGGCUAUCAUUGCAAUUCAAGGAUUCUACUUGACUGUUCCUGAAAAUAACAUUGUUCACUGGAUCAUAACACGUUUUGUGCAUGCAUGACAUGGUUAUCCAGUUCCUGCGUAUUGUUUGGAUAUUUAGCAUGGAGGGUGGAAAGAAGAGAGUUCUCAUUAACCAGCCCUUGUUGUAGACAGCUUAGAUUCUCACAAUUGAGGUUAGCUUCUUCUGAUUCUUCUAUCAAUCCUGCAGUCACUGAAGUCAUCAGAGAACUACCACGUUGUAUAGUUAACUCUUCAAAUGUACAAGACAUUUUUGGAGUCUUGGUUUAUAGUGCAUCAGUAAACUUCUGAAUGUACAUUUGAUUAUGAGACAUCUGCUGGAUUGUUAAUAGAAAUAGAAUCUGAUGUAUUACA